GGGACUGUCCAUAAUUUUAAAGGGUGCCUCGGGACUGUCCAUAAUUUUAAAGGGUGCCUCGGACUGUCCAUAAUUUUAAAGGGUGCCUCGGGACUGUCCAUAAUUUUAAAGGGUGCCUCGGGACUGUCCAUAAUUUUAAAGGGUGCCUCGGGACUGUCCAUAUUUUUAAAGGGUGCCUCGGGACUGUCCAUAUUUGUAAAGGGUGCCUCGGGACUGUCCAUAAUUUUAAAGGGUGCCUCGGGACUGUCCAUAAUUUUAAAGGGAGCCUCGGGACUGUCCAUAAUUUUAAAGGGUGCCUCCGGACUGUCCAUAAUUUUAAAGGGUGCCUCCGGACUGUCCAUAAUUUUAAAGGGUGCCUCGGGACUGUCCAUAAUUUUAAAGGGUGCCUCGGGACUGUCCAUAAUUUUAAAGGGUGCCUCGGGACUGUCCAUAAUUUUAAAAGGGUGCCUCCGGACUGUCCAUAAUUUUAAAGGGUGCCUCGGGACUGUCCAUAAUUUUAAAGGGAGCCUCGGGACUGUCCAU